CAAGAGUUGAUAUGUCCACCAUCUUGAAAAGUCGCCUAUAGUGCUGAGCAAUUUUCCCGCCUGACUGGAUUGGGUUAUUUUGUCGUAUAAGGAGGAAGAGUGUUCUGUACAGAUUUCUCUUUAAUGUAGUCAGGACACCCUGUAAUGGGCCAGAAGCUGAAGCUACUAAGAAUUGUUUUAUUUUCUUAACCUUUUAUCUCAUUUUAACAGGGACCCAGCUUUCAGUUGGAAUGUGAUGGACUAAUCUUCUUUGCCUUCACCUGCCCCCGUUGAAUGAGAACCCCCUAAUGUCAUCUUGCCUCGAAGAAACAUUCUGACCUUUCACAGUAACAUGUUUGCAGCACCAAGUAUGUUUUGGAAGUUCGACCUACAUUCUUCAUCUCACAUAGACACCCUCUUAGAAAGAGAUGAGGUGACACUAAAGGAGCUCAUGGACGAGGAGGACAUUCUGCAAGAAUGCAAAGCCCAGAAUCGUAAACUUGUGGAGUUUUUAUUAAAAUCUGAAUGUUUGGAAGAUCUGGUGACGUUCAUCACCGAGGAACCUCCACAGGACAUGGAUGAGAAAAUUCGCUACAAGUACCCCAAUUUAUCUUGCGAGUUACUGACCUCAGAUGUGUCGCAGAUAAAUGACAGACUUGGCGAAGACGAGUCUUUACUCAAAAGACUAUACAGCUUUCUUUUAAACGAUUCACCGUUGAAUCCAUUGCUCGCCAGCUUCUUCAGCAAAGUUUUAAGCAUUUUAAUCAGCCGGAAACCUGAACAGAUUGUAGCCUUUUUAAAGAAAAAAGAUGAUUUUGUUGACUUGAUCAUAAAACAUAUAGGAACCUCUGCUAUUAUGGAUUUGCUGCUAAGACUUCUCACGUGCAUUGAGCCACCACAACUAAGGCAAGACGUCUUAAAUUGGCUAAAUGAAGAGAAGAUAAUUCAGAGACUUGUAGAGUUAGUUCACCCCACUCAGGAUGAGGAUAGGCAUUCAAAUGCAUCGCAAUCUCUUUGUGAAAUUAUACGUCUCAGCAGAGAUCAGAUGUUACAAGUUCAGAACAGCCCGGAACCAGACCCCCUUCUGGCUACACUAGAAAAACAAGAAAUUUUAGAACAGCUAUUGUCAAAUAUAUUUGUAAAAGAGAAGAAUGACUCUGCGAUCGUCAGUGCAAUCCAAAUACUGCUCACUCUGCUAGAAACUAGACGUCCAGCAUUUGAAGGGCACAUAGACCUCUGCCCUCCAGGUCUCAACCAUUCUGCCUUUUCAGUUAACAGAACAGUUUUGACUGCCAUUCAGGAAAAGCUUCCGUCCUUUCACCAGCUCCUCCUGGACCCUCCAAAAACGGAUGUCAUGAAGACAACAUGGGGAGUAUUAGAUCCACCUGUAGGGAAUACUCGGUUACAUGUGAUCAGACUAAUAGCCAGUCUACUACAGACUAACACGCGCAGCAUUAAUAUGGAGAUAAUUGAAUUAAACACUAUAGGAGUUAUUUUGGAUAUGUUUUUUAAAUACACAUGGAACAAUUUUCUUCACACGCAAGUGGAAAUCUGCAUUGCUUUGAUACUUGCUAGUCCCUGUGAGAAUACAGACAGCACGCUUAGUGAGCAGAAUGCUGCAGGAGACCACAUCUUAUUAAAACAUCUCUUUUUGAAAUGCCACUUAAUAGACAGAAUACUUGAAGCAUGGGCCUUGAAUGAAAAGAGACAGUCAGAAGGAGGACAGCGGUACGGAUACAUGGGACACUUGACAAGAAUAGCAAAUUGUAUAGUCCACAGCAUUGAAAAGGGGCCAAACAGUACUCUAGCACAUCAACUUAUUAAAGAACUGCCAACUGAAGCUCAGGAAAAAUGGGAGACCUUUUGCACGAGCUCCUUAGGAGAAAUAAACAAGAGGAACACCGUAGAUCUAGUGACAACGCGACACAUCCACUCCUCCAGUGAUGAUGAAAUAGAAUUUAAAGAUCCAGGAUUCUCACAAGAUUCUUCCAUACAGCAGGCCUUUUCUGAUUAUCAGAUGCAACAAAUGACGUCCAAUUUUAUUGACCAGUUUGGCUUCAAUGAUGAGAAGUUUGCUGACCAAGAUGACAUUGGGAACGUUUCAUUUAACCGUGUCUCGGACAUAAACUUCCCUCUCAAUGCAAAUGAAAGCGCAAACAUAGCCUUGUUUGAAGCUUGCUGCAAGGAAAGAAUACAACAGUUUGAUGAUGGAGGAUCCGAUGAGGAAGAUAUCUGGGAGGAGAAAAACCUUGCCUUCACACAAGAUACACAAAGAAGAUCCAGCUCAGGAAGCACAGACAGUGAGGAGAGCACAGAUUCUGAGGAGGAGGACUCCGUCAAGCAGGGAUUAUUUGAAUCGAGCACAGUCAACCAAGAGGACAAGAUGGAGGUGGAUGCUAAUGAAGCAAGUAACUGGCCGGCAAAUUUUGAUAUCCCAAUGGAAACUGCACAUGUAGCUGGUCUGGAUUCAGUGGGAUCUGAUGUAUGGAGCACUGAAGAGCCACUGUCCGCUAAAGAAACUGGUUGGGCCUCAUUUACAGACUUCACAUCUAUUGGGGCAAAAGAUGCUGCAAGAAGUAACUCUCCUGUGGAAAUGGAAACCAGUACAGAGCCAACGGACCCCUUGAGUGUUAAUGCAUCCGCCCAAACUGAAAUUACUGUCGCAAUGGACGCUAGCUCUGAUGGUGAAGAGGAAGUUGAGAAUUCCGAUCAGAUGACAGAAACUGUGAUGAAUGGCAGUAUGAAGGAAACCCUCAGCCUUACUGUUGAUGCAAAAACAGAGACUGCAGUUUUUAAAAGUGAGGAAGGGAAAUUGUCUACCUCUAAUGACUCGGCCUGUAAAUAUGUUGUGGAGAACUUCGAUUCUGCAAUGGAAAAUCCUCCAGCUUUACAGCCAAACAGUAGCGGUCAAGAACAGAAGACAUCUGAGCAAAUUGUGUUGGAUGGAGCAUCUAUCAACGGCCCAGUAUGAUGUGUGAUGCCUGCUGUUCAGCUGAAGAUUGCAGACUGCUACCCUUCGGGAUUGCAAGUGGAGUUACUUGAGGAUUUCGUCAGAAGCCUGUCAACGCCAGUCACUGCUGCACUAACUUUGCAAGGGAUCAGGACCAGCAACUUUUUUUCUUUUUCCUUCUUAGAUUUUAAGGUGUUGUACAGACUUGAAAGUGUAAAAACAAAAUUGCACAUUGAGAAAUAAGACUUUUGUGUAUGUUUAUAUUGUAUUGCAUUCAACAAAACCGGUGCCCUACGACAUGAGAACUCACCACUUCAGUAAUAGUGAUACUAUGGUUAAAAUGGUUGUAAAAAUAGUUUUUAUAAAGUGUAUACACACAGAUCUAAUGUAUUUGAAAGCAUAACUAUUUGACAAUUAGUGUGACCAAAGUAUUUACCAGUUCAUGCGUUACUCUUUUUCCACUUUGUACAAUAGUCACUAUUUUUUUUUCUUUCAAACAGAAUUAUUCUUUGAUAUAAAAAAAACUUCCUGUAAAUUGUUCGCAUUGUAUUUAGGUUACCAUAAGUGAUUCAGACACCAGUGUUCCUCGUUUUUAGCAGCAAGUUUAUCAGAUAUCCAUUUUGCUGUGUUUUUACAUAUUUUUUUUUUUUUUUUUUCAGUUCAAAUCAAAUGUCUAUUCUAUUGGUAGAGAGUUUAAGUAUUUAUUACUACAUUUCUGACAGAUUGUUAAUGUAAAGCCAUAAGCUCUGUAAUUCUUAUUUUAAAAGCAGCAGGUGAGAAAAAAAAUCAUCAGGGGUUUUUUUUCAGCUGAAGUUUUAUCCAUUUUAUUGAUUUUUUUAAUGUGAAAUAAAAUGCUUGUCCGUUUUCCCGUAGAAGCGGACUCGCAUUUUAUUAUAAAUGUGUAUAUUAUUUUUUUUUAAAUAUACAGAUCAAACUUUAAAUUUGCAUGACAUCUGUUUGUGCCGAUCUGUGAAUUAUUUUUAUAUACAAGUUCAAAACCAGUUUUUUUUGUUUUGUUUUUUCCCCCAUUGACAAACUGGUUUGUACAUAGGUAGUGAUUAUGAAAGCUAAUUCUAUGUAAUUUAUAAUGUUUCUAUAUUCCUGUAAAACUCCAGUCCGCCUUCUUGAAGCAGGAAAAAAAAGCAAUGUUAAGUUGCCAGUCUGACACAAGGGUUGUCCACCUCUUGCACACCUCUUUUUGUAGAUUUAAAUCUGUCUAAUUUCAUGAAUAGAUUCUAAUGGGUUGUGAGACUUCUCCUAAACUGAUAUUUUAAGAGGAAAAAUUUACCUCUAGAUUGAGGCCAACAAUUUUUAGGCGUAGUCUCCAAUGCAACGUGCCUAAGCAUUACAUUGCAUACUACAAUAAAAAGGAAAAUAUGCGUAUAGCUUCCUUUUACCUCAUUGAAGAUGUAUUUGGGUUGCAUGCUUUUGAAUUUGCCUUUCAGUUUCUUUAUUUUUUUUCCUUAUCUGUCAGUAUUCAUAAAGUACAAACAAUACAGUGCUGCUCUAUACUCCUGUUUCUGACUGUACCUAUAUAUUAGGGGAAGUCAAAGUAUGUAGAAAGUUUGUGUGAGAGUCUUCAGGACCUGUCAACUUUCUUGCCUGUUUUAGUAACUCUUUGCAUUCCCCUUAAUACAUUUCUGGAGCAUCUAUUCUUAAACUUUGUCGUUGUGCUGUUCCUCCUCCUGAAAAUGUGACUAAAUGGACUGCUGGGCUUUCCCAUUAUACUGGUUAGUGUAGCACGUCUCAUCGCUUAGUGCUGACGGCUAGGGCCAUACCCUAUUUCCGAGGGGAAUGGUAACCUCUGGACAUCUAGUUACGGGAGGGGGGGGGGGGUAAGUAAUAGAGGAGUGACAACACAGUUCCCAGACUUACUAGAAAGGUUUCAUGUGGAAAGCAAGCAUGUCAGGAGGGCUGGACACCUUCAAAAUGGUUGAGAGGGAGGGUGGACUCGCAAUGAGCUGCUAGGAACACGUGUACAGUCCUGGUUGAGAGGGAGGGUGGACUUGUGAUGAGCUGCUAGGAACAUGUGUACAGUCAGUGACGUUGUGAGGUUUUAAACUCGACCCGUAAAAAGAAACAAAUACAAGAGUAUGGUAAUGUGAGGACAUCACUGCAGAAGGAGGUGUGGAAAAUGGGCUCUAGAGAGACAAUCCAAUAUGGCUGUAUGAAGAUUGAUAUGCACCAAUGACUGGGAGCUGACCAAAGUACCCACCGCGUGUGGUCACUUCACUAGGUUAGUGGGACAUGAUGUCUACCAUCUCCACCACUGAAACGCUCCAAUAUGCUGUUGUGGGGAUGAACACAUCUUACUAGGAUUUAUUGGAAGGAAGCUGGUGAACAAUGAGCUCAGGUCAUGCUGGUGGUAUUAGAUACAAAUGUAUAAUAGUAGGGGGCUAUCAGGUUAUUUUUUCAGGCAUUAUUAAAGAGAAACUAAAGUGUGGUGUGUCUCGUACUAAUGCCUUCCUUUGCUCCUUCUGGUGUCCUUUGUUACGGUACUAACUACUACACUGCUGCAUGUGAGUAAGCGGAGUACUGUGCAGAAUAAAACUUUAGAUGUAAAUUAUUUUUAUAGACUUCCUAAAGUCGAUGUAAAUAAAACCACAAGACCAUCGUG